GGUAGAGGUGGUUGGCAUAGCAACUAUCCAAUAGCCGUGCAGCUACGACCGUAGCUUCUCUGUGAUUGGUCCAUAUCUGGUAUAUAUAGUUCGUGCGCCUUUCUUCUUCCUCUUUCUUUCACGCGACCCUAUCGUAAUAGGUACUACCUUGUCUUUAAACCAGCUGUUAAGCGAUCCUUGGAAGCACUGCAAAGAUGCCCAGGGAAGACAGGGCCACGUGGAAGUCCAACUAUUUUAUGAAAAUCAUCCAACUUCUGGAUGAUUAUCCAAAAUGCUUCAUUGUGGGUGCAGACAAUGUGGGCUCCAAGCAGAUGCAGACCAUCCGCCUGUCUCUGCGCGAGAAGGCUGUGGUGCUGAUGGGUAAAAACACCAUGAUGCGCAAAGCCAUCCGCGGUCAUCUGGAGAACAAUCCCGCCCUGGAGAAGCUCCUGCCCCACAUUAAAGGAAAUGUAGGCUUUGUCUUCACCAAGGAGGAUCUGGCUGAGGUCCGGGACCUGCUGCUGGCCAACAAGGUACCUGCAGCUGCCCGUGCUGGAGCCAUCGCCCCUUGUGAUGUGACUGUGCCUUCCCAGAACACUGGUCUGGGUCCUGAGAAGACCUCUUUCUUCCAGGCUCUGGGUAUCACCACCAAGAUCUCAAAGGGAACCAUUGAAAUCUUGAGUGACGUCAGUCUGAUCAAGACCGGCGACAAGGUUGGUGCCAGCGAGGCCACGCUGCUCAACAUGCUGAACAUCUCGCCCUUCUCCUAUGGGCUCAUCAUCCAGCAGGUGUAUGACAACGGCAGCGUUUACAGUCCUGAGGUGCUCGACAUCACUGAGGCUUCUCUGCAUGCCAGGUUCCUGGAGGGUGUGAGGAACAUCGCUAGCGUGUGUCUGGAGAUCGGUUACCCCACUUUGGCCUCUGUACCCCAUUCUGUCAUCAAUGGCUACAAGAGAGUCCUGGCUGUUGCUGUGGAGACAGACUACUCCUUCCCUCUGGCAGACAAGGUCAAAGCCUUCCUGGCUGACCCGUCUGCUUUUGCUGCUGUCGCAGCACCUGCAGCUGCUGCAGAGACAGCUGCAGCCCCAGCUGCCAAGGAGGAGGUUAAGGAGGAGUCUGAGGAAUCAGACGACGACAUGGGCUUCGGUCUGUUCGACUAAGAAACACAGCGAACAGAACAUGAAUCAAAUAAUACCAUGAUUCAAUAAAAACUGAAAACUAU